AUGGUACUCAUCGCCAAACUUCUCACUCUGGCUCUAACUGCUGCCGCUACCCCUAUCCUUCGCCGCGACGCAAUCACAGUCGAAGACGAUGUGAACCAAAGAAUCGCCCCGGGCAUCUCAACUCUUAGCAAUGACAUUAACACUUUCCCCUCUAGUGGUCUAGCCGGGGCUGUGGCUAUCCACGCCGAUUUCCAGAAUCUUGUUUCCUCGGUGAAUUAUGCAACUACAGAUACCAACAGCGCCGGCUCCUUGGACGAUGAAACUGGAGCCGCUAUUCUUAAUGACGUUCAAGCGGUAAUCGCAAGCCUCUCGGGCGUAUUAACUGCCAUUGCAAAUCAAGAAACUGCUUGGUCAUCUGUUCCAGGUGGAGCAAGUCUAGUGCUCAACGAUCUCGCUUCCCUCCACACGGCCUUCGACAAUUUCGCUGACGCCUUGAACACGAAUGGACCCGCUUCUCUAAGUGACCAGAUUACCUCAAUCAAGACUACUAUUGACAAUGCCUUCACCUCUGCAGAAGCUGCCUACUCCUCCUAG